CUCUCUCUCUCUCUCUCUCUCUCUCUCUCUCUCUUUCUCUCUUUCUUCUUUAUCCAUUCACUCUCAUUUUCAGUGUUAACAAAUUAUUUAAGUUGUUGGUAACAGUGACUUACGUAUUUAAUGAAAUUAUAAAAAUAGUGACUAUAGUUACAAUCGAACAACUUUUAAAAGUGCAUUUGUGAUAAUCUAAUACCCAAUUAGUUUAUUAUUCUUACUUCUUCAACUGGUUGAUUAUUCCUCUAAAUUAACAUAAGACGAUUCGAAUAAUCAAGAAUGAAUCAAAUGUCGAGAAGUUUUUGAAUUUUUCAAAAGAUAAAUCAGAGACAAGUUUAUAAUUUAUUCAAAUAUCAAAAUAAUGGAUAAAAUUGGUGAAAGAAACGAACCUACGAAAAAUAACCCGUUUGAUGACGAAACUUUCACUACUUUUGGACAUCUUACAAAAUUAACACCUUUGGACAUUGAUUUUCACGAUUUAACGUACAGCGUGCCAUUUGAAGGAAAAGGUUCAAAAGUAAUUUUACGAGGAAUAAGCGGUCAAUUUAAAUCCGGUGAAUUGACGGCUAUUUUGGGUGCCUCCGGAGCAGGAAAAUCAACUUUGUUAAACAUUCUUGCUGGAUAUAAAUGUCAAGAAGCAACCGGUUCAAUAAACAUUAAUGGAAUACCAAGAGACUUAAAAGAAUUUAAAAAAAGUUCUUGUUAUAUAAUGCAAAAUGAUUUAAUUCAACCGAAACUUACGGUUACUGAGUCUAUGCAUUUCGCAAUCGAUUUGAAAAUUGGUUCUAAACUGACGAAAAAAGAGAAAUCGGCAAUAAUCAAAGAAAUCAUAAAUAUAUUAAGGCUGACCAAUGCAAGGGAUACAAUUUCAGAUACACUUUCAGGCGGAGAAAAGAAAAGACUAUCUAUUGCUUUAGAAAUGGUGAACAAUCCAUCUAUACUAUUUCUUGAUGAACCUACUACAGGGUUAGACGAAAUAUCUUCGAUACAAACCAUCUUACUUCUCCAAAAAUUAACAAAACACUUAACAAGAACUAUAAUCUGUUCGAUUCACACGCCAAGUGCAUCUAUUUUUUCUAAGUUUGAUAACGUAUACGUUAUGGCAAAUGGACAAUGCGUUUAUAGAGGUCCAUCUAAUAAUAUAGUAUCAUUUUUUCAACAAAUUAAUAUUGAAUGUCCGAUUCAUUAUAAUCCGGCUGAUUUCAUUAUCGAAAUUUCUACAGGAGAAUACGGACAAGAAAAAGUUGAUGAAAUGAUCACUUACGUUGAAAGAAAUUUUCCAAUUUUACCUGUAAAAGAAACUAUCACAAAAUUCGAACUAGAAAGAAAAAAUUUUAGAAUAUCAUGGUACAUACAAUUCAUCACAUUAUUUAAGAGGAUGAUGUUACAAUUAUAUAGAGACAAAAAAUACGAAUACCUCAAGAUAUCUUUACACAUUUUUUUAGGUUUCAUAAACGGUCUUAUUUUUCUAAACUUUGGGAAUGAUGCCUCAAAAACUCUCUUUAACUUUGGUUUCUGCUUUAUCUGUUUGAUUAUCUUUCUUUAUAUACCAAUGUUUCCGAUAUUGUUACGUUAUCCCUCCGAGAUCCAUCUGGUCAAAAGAGAACACUUUAACAGAUGGUACAAUCUGAGCUCCUAUUAUUUUGCUCUCACUCUAUCUUCUAUUCCUGCCCAGUUUUUUAAUACAUUGAUUUACGUCUUGAUGGUUUAUAAUUUCACUGGACAACCCCUAGAGUUUAGUAGGAUAAGCAGAUUUUUCUUAAUUUGUCUCGUUUGUGCUUUUAUUGCUGAAAGUAUAGGUCUAUCUAUUGCCUGCACGUUAAAUGUGGUGAAUGGUAUGUUUAUUGGACCAGCAAUAGCAGCUUCUUUAAUGUUAAUUUCUAUCCAAGGCAUGGGAGAUCCUGAGCCACUGUCUAUUUAUCGUAUAAUAGUGAUGUAUUCUAGUUAUUUAAGAUACGGAUUAGAAGGUCUGGUAAUAUCAAUGUAUGGAUUUAACAGAGGAAAACUGUAUUGUCCACCAGAGGAAGAUUUUUGUCCCAUACAUUCACCUAUAGAAUUACUCCGACUAAUGAAGAUGGAACAUACUAUUUAUUGGGUAGAUCUUUUGGUCCUCGUUAUUAUUCUUAUUUUCUUGAAAGCGAUUACAUUUUAUUUAAUAAGACAACGACUUUACCCAAACAAAACAUUCAAAACGCUUCAUCUUAUUGGACAGAUACUAAAAAGUCGGAUUAAUAGUGCUUGAUUACUUAUCAUUUUAAUGACAUUAGAAUAGAAUUGAAUAAACAGAUAUUACUUGUAUUAUAUAUUUUAUAGUUACAGCUAUUUAAUAUAUCUUUUUUAAAUACUUUAGUUUAAACAUUAAUGAAAGUUUUUAAUUAUAUUCUUAAUGCAAAGAGUAUAGUUUUUUAAAUCAAUUCUUUUUAAAUAUUAUUAAGAUCAAGAUUCUCUGGUCUUUAACAAAAUUCUGAUUACGUAUAAGAAUUAUUUCUCAUAUUAAUAAACGCGAUAUAACUCUCUCUAUUUUAUUGUUUACCGUAAGUACAAAUUAUUACUAUUGUAGACAUUUUUGAUAUCGAUAUAUGCGAAAAAUAAUAUUAAAUUUAGUUAAUAAGAGUCAUUAAUGUUUUUGAUAAAUACACAAAGGAAGUGUUUGUACAAAAAUUAUUCUCUAUUAGAUCGUUAAAUAUGCAACUGCCUAUAAUUAAAGGAAAAUGUAUAUUAAUUUAACGAAUUGUCUGUGAAUUUAAUAAAAUAAAACAUUA